GGCUGCGGGGCGUGCGGGGACCGGGGGCGUCCCGCGGGGGCGGGGGGCCGGGGGCGGGCUCGCCGCCCUGCCGCUGCCGAGGGGCGGGCAGCCCGGACAGCCCCGGCCCCGUGCGGCCGGAGGCGGCGGAGCACCGGCGGAGCGGAGCGGCACGGCGGUACCGGAGAGCGGCGACCGCCAGCGUGGAGGAGGCAGAGCCAUGGCAUCGCUGCUGUGCAACGCCCGCAUCCAGCUCACAGACACGCUGGAGCAGAUGCAGCAAGGGACACUGAUGCGCAAAGUCAAGUCCAAGAGCUGGAAGAAGCAACGUUACUUCAAGCUGCAGGAUGACUGCAUGACCAUCUGGUACCAGUCUAAGAGGACGGGCAAAAUUGAGUCCGCCUUCUCCAUCAGCGAUGUCGAGACAGUGCGAGAAGGGCACCAGUCGGAGGUGCUGCAGAGCCUGGCUGAGGAGUUCCCCCCUGAGCGCUGCUUCACCAUCGUCUUCUAUGGCCGCCGGGGCAACCUGGACCUCAUUGCUGGCUCGGCAGAAGAGGCACAGUGCUGGGUCCAGGGCCUGCGCCAGCUCAUUGAGGUAGCCACCAGCAUGGACCAGAGGGAGAAGAUAGACCAAUGGAUUCGUGACUGGUUUCAGAAAGCCGACAAGAAUAAGGAUGGGCGCAUGAACUUCAAGGAGGUGCAGCGUCUCCUCAAGAUGAUGAAUGUAGACAUGAAUGAGGAUCAUGCCCUGCGGCUCUUCCAGGCUGCUGACAAGUCGGAGUCAGGGACGCUGGAAGGGGAGGAGUUCGUGCUCUUCUACAAGGCCCUCACACAGCGCGAGGAGGUGCUGAGCCUCUUCCAGGACUUCUCCGAGGAUGGGAAGAAGCUGACACUGCUGGAGCUGGUGGAUUUCCUGCAGCAGGAGCAGCUGGAGGAUGAGGGCACGGAGGAGCUGGCCAUGGAGCUCAUCGACAAGUAUGAGCCGUCGGAGACAGCCCGGGCUCGCCACGCGCUGAGUGCCGACGGGUUCCUCAUGUACCUCUGCUCUCCGGAGGGCUCCGUCUUCAACCCCCAUCACCAGGUGCUGUGGCAGGACAUGAGCCAGCCACUCUGCCACUACUUCAUCUCCUCCUCCCACAACACCUACCUGAUAGAGGACCAGAUCCGGGGCCAGAGUAGCAUCGAGGGCUACAUCAGGGCUCUGAAGCGGGGCUGCCGGUGCCUGGAGGUGGAUUGCUGGGAUGGGCCGAACGGGGAGCCCAUGGUGUACCAUGGCCACACCUUCACCUCCAAGAUCCCUUUCCGGGAGGUGGUGAGCACCCUGGGGAAGUACGCCUUCAAGACGUCAGACUACCCGGUGAUCCUGUCCCUAGAGAACCACUGCAGCAUAGAGCAGCAGGAGGUCCUGGCCCAGCAGCUCAAGGACAUCCUGGGGGAACAGCUCCUCACCACCACCACCGAUGGGCGCGUCCCCACCCAGCUCCCAUCCCCAGAGGAGCUGAAGCACAAGAUCCUGCUGAAGGGGAAGAAGAUUGGGCGGCUGGAGGACAUGCUGGAUGGGCCAGGGGACGAGGUGCCUGAUGUGUCUGAUGAUGACAAUGGGGCAGAAGUGGAGGAGGAGAGACGGAGGGCAAAGAAGGACAAGGAGAGCCUGGCACAGGCAUUGUCCGACUGCGUCGUCUACUGCAAGAGCGUGUCCUUCCGGGGCUUCCAGGAGGCCCGCAGCCAUUCCCGGCCCUCCGAGAUCUCCUCCCUCGCUGAAGCCAAGGCUAGGAAGCUCAUCCGGGAUGCGGGGAAUGAGUUUGUCCGCCACAACACCUGGCAGCUGACACGCAUCUACCCCAGUGGGAUGCGGACCGACUCCUCCAACUACAGCCCCCAGGAGAUGUGGAACGUGGGGUGCCAGAUCGUGGCCCUGAACUUCCAGACGGCCGGCACAGAGAUGGACCUGUGUGACGGGCUCUUCAGCCAGAACGGGCGCUGCGGCUACGUGCUCAAACCACCCUUCAUGAGGGACAAGGAGACUGUCUUCAACCCCAGUGACCCCAGCAGCUGGGAGGGCCCUGGCCCCACCACCCUGACAAUCCAGGUAAUCAGUGGGCAGCAGCUGCCCAAAGUGGCCAACAGCAAGGACGGAGCCAUCAUCGACCCACUGGUGCGUGUGGAGAUCCAUGGGGUCCCCGCGGACCAGGCGCGCCAGGAGACCAAGUAUAUUGAGAACAACGGGUUUAACCCCCGCUGGGAUGAAACGCUCCAGUUCCAGCUCCACGUGCCCGAGCUGGCCCUCGUCCGCUUUGUGGUGGAGGAUUAUGACAAGACCUCCAGGAAUGACUUCGUGGGCCAGUUCACCUUAGCGUUUGCCAACAUCAAACCUGGCUACCGCCACAUCCAUCUCCUCUCCAAGGACGGCACCAGCAUCCCACCCUCUUCGCUCUUUGUCCACAUCCGCAUCACCGAGCCGCCUGGCCCCGAGCAGGACUGAGCCUGUGGGGGGAAUAGGACCUGGAUAGAAGCCAUAGAGCCAGCCCCAAGCGGCUGGGGCCACAGAGCCAACUGCAUCGCCCUCUUGUUGAGCUGUUUGUGUCAUCCCUGUGUUGUUGUCGCUGCUGUGUCCCCAUUUGCAGUGGCCUCCAGGGUCUGGGAAAAGGCCCUGACCUCCCCUUCCGAGGUUUGGGACACUACCUCCCACGCAUGAGUGUGGGGACUGCACUGGUGCAGUCCCCUGUGUCCCCCAUGUGCAGCUUGCCCUGGCCCACGGGCAUGGCUUGGUCAUGAGGAAGAGGAGGAGAUGGUGCACAGCCCCCUGGCUCUGCCACAGGGGCUGGUACCCCGUGGCCAGGGGAGCAAGGCUGGAGCUGAGCAAACCCCAGGGCUGGGCAGAGCCAGGAGAGGAGUCAGUCCUCACUGCCCCCCACUCUGCAGCCCCCCGGGGCUGCUCCUGGCCGGUGGCCAUUACUAACCCUUACCGUAUCCCUUCUCUGUAAGCAACUUAAUAAAUUGUUCGGUGACAGGCA